UUGUUUUCCUUCUCUUUCUCUCUCUUUCUCUUUCUCAUUUCGCAAAAACAAAGAAAUGGCGAUGAUUUCUGGAAAUCAACUCACAUCGGAGAUUCCUCCACUCCGGCCGUCGUUCUUCCGUUAGCCCAUCAUCUCUAUCGUCUCCGGUUGUCGACGGCGUCUUCGGUUGUUGUAUUCGGCGAGGUGGGGUUGCGAAAUUGGCGAUAUGAAGACGAAGAAGAUUAUUCGUCGCCGGUGCAAUCAUUUCUGCGGCCACCGCCGUCAGCGAAUUUCGAAAAAGAUCGACACUUGAUGUAUUUGGAGAUGAUGUACGAGUUACUUCCGUACCAUUACCAAUCUCAGGAGAUCAAUCGUCUUACCCUCGCUCACAUCAUUAUCUCGGGUCUUCACUUUCUCGGCGCAAUAGAUCGUGAGAAUUCUAUGGUUUCUUUGGUUCAAGGAGUUCUCAUUUUCUCAUUGAUGAGAAUGGGCUUCAUGCCUAUACAUAUUGGAGGUGAAACGGAUCUUCGGUUUUUAUUCCAUUGUUAUUUGUCAAUUUCUGUGUUAAGAAGACAUUCUUGUGAAACAUUCUUUGUGGAGUCAUAUGAUGGUGGUUUUGGUUUGAUCUUUGGUUCUGAGUCUCAUGGUAGGUGUUGCUGCACUUGGGUUAGGCAAAGCUGGAGGAGAAACAGUUGCAGAGAUGGUUAUGACUGGCUAGUUUCUUCUUGUCUUUUUCUUGAUUGUUGGCAUUGUUUACUUGUAGGGUGCUUCAGUGCUUACUAUGGAUCAAAAGCUGAAGGUUUUGGUUUGAUCAAUGAUUCGUCGUCUCUUGCAUUAUACUUUCUUGACAAGUUUCAGGUUGCAAUGGUUCCUGGUGAUGCUUUUGGAGAUGAUAGUUGUAUCCGAAUAUCUUAUGCCACAUCUCUCGACGUUCUACAAGCCGCAGUUGAGAAGAUCAGGAAAGCCCUUGAGCCACUUCGUGCCACUGUCUCCGUGUAAUGGUUCGGACACAGAAAUGUGUUUUUGAAUGUUUAUGAUAUGUUGUAACUUAUAUAUCAGCUUUGUCUCCAUUCCAAUAAAAAGCUCUCUCUUUAUAGUUUGUUCUUUCCUUCAAGUUCAUGUAACCAACCAACCAUAACCAUUCUCUUCAUCGUAAAUCAUUUAAUAGAAUUUAAGGUUACUUCAUGCUUGAGUUA